CAAGCACUCGAGGUUUGGGUCGAGGAUUACUGUAGCCCCGGAGGCCCAAAUCCAACCCAAGCGUAGAUUAAACGAUAAACACCAGAAGAGGCACACAUUUUAGCAGUAAUCCGUUAUGAAUGAAAUUUUAUUCCUUCCUGUUAGUGGAGACUAUUCAAAAACAAGAACAGAUGGAGAACUCUCUCUAUUUUUCCGUGACGUUUCUGAACUGUCUUGAAAUGGUCUCCAAAGUCUAAAUUUCUAGUGGAGACUCACUCACUCUGCUUCCAACCUUAAUUUUUUGAAUGGAAAGUAUCUGGAUUUUUCCCUCUCAAUAUCUUCCAUCACCAGCAUAUUCCAUGAACACUAUCUCUGCCAACUUUAGAACAAAAAUACGUUUCGGUUCCUCCAAAUUUAGGUGUUUUUGUGCUUCUUCACUAGAUUUGACAAAUAAUCAUGAGCUGGUUAGCGGUAGGAGUUGCCCAAAGAGGAAAAUGGUUGAUAGUUUCAGGGUUAGGGUUAAGGUUUCUGAGGCUCAGUUAAAGGAGAAUUGGUUAGCUUCCCUCUCAUACCCAUUUUCCCAGAUGGAUGGACAGCGGAGUAUCAAUGGAGAGGAACCCACUAGUAAUGUUGAUUCCCAAUGGGUAAUAGGCAUUGACCCUGAUCUUUCGGGAGCAUUGGCGCUCUUGAAAAGUGAAAAUUCGGUUUGUUCUGCUCAGGUGUUUGAUAGUCCUCACUUGCAAGUAUUGAUUGGCAAAAGAAUUCGAAAACGUUUGGAUGCAAAGUCUAUUGUUCAGUUGCUGCGGAACUUGGAUGCCCCCCAUGGAACUAAAGUAUAUAUUGAGCAAUCAAUUCCGUAUCCACAAGAUGGGAAACAGGGAUGGUGGAGUGGAGGAUUUGGAUAUGGUUUAUGGAUUGGGAUGUUAGUUGCCUCUGGAUUUUCUGUUGUUCCAGUCCCAUCUUCAUUGUGGAAGAAUCACUUUGAACUCUCUGGGAACCGCUCAACCAAGGAUGACAGCAGGAAGCUUGCAUCAACAUUAUUUCCAUCUUUGGGUCCCCUCUUAAAGCGGAAAAAGGAUCACGGCAGAGCCGAGGCUCUUCUUAUUGCUGCUUAUGGUAAAGGCCUAAGUGUAGGGCCAGGCACGUCCAAUCUCAUUGCAGAAUAGAACAUGAUGCUUUAAAAGCUUGAAAUCACACAGCACGGCAACAAUCCUACUUACUAGGUUUUGGCACAAAGCUUUUGGUUACUGGUGUGCACAAUUUCUUUCCCAAAAAUGAAGGCAUGGGAUGUGAACUGGUGAGUGAAGAAGCCUACAAAUGUGUUAUCCAUGUUGAGAUCUUGGGCUCCUCUCCAUGCAUCUUGGAUGUCAUACAACACUUAUGGCUUCAACAUUCCAUUUCACGACGGAAUUGAAACAGCGUCGCUCCAUUCUAAUCCAUCUCACUGGGUAGAUCCUUCAGCACAUGAAAUUUCUAACUUAAUCAAAUUGUGCAUGUAUUGUAUCAUUUAAAUUGAUCAUUUUGCUUUUUGUUCUUUGCCAUCAUUUUUCCGUUUUAAUCUAAUUGUUAAUUCAGUUAA